GGUUAGAAAAUUAUUCAUAUCUUGAUGAAAACAAAUUUACCCGAAUCGAUAUGAAAUUGAAUAAUUGGGGACUGGGGAGUCAUUUUUCCAUUUAGUCAAAUAAUGUCCGCCCAGGAGAGAUGAACUGAUAUAAUUGGCAGGAAACGAGUGCCAUCUGAAAUGGGCAUGACCGGAUACAUUUUUAUUUUUUUCGGUUUUAGCUCAGUUUUUAGUCAAGAGGAGGACUUGCAGCUUAUUGCAAAAAGUCGUUCUUCAUCUCUAAGAAGAUAUGACCUGUUCUCCAGCUCUGUAAUUUUUCAUGCAACCAUCCCCGAGGAUACUGGGUUUGCUUCAUUUGCAUUUGUUGGUUCUGAAGAGGAUCUAUCAAUAUUUGGUUGUAGCAUCAGAGAUAUUUCUCUGUAUCUAAAAUAUGGCUCCCUGCCCGUCAUCAAUCCAGAUGGCGCCCCCUUCCCCUCAGAAGUUAAAAAUAUAUCUAGACCCGAAAACUACAAUCUGGAAUUUAAGAGCAAUAACAGUCAGGUCUACAUCAACAUGACGUCACCGGAACCUGGAGUUUAUUAUGCGGCCAUGUUUCUGGCCUACGAGGACCCCAGAUACAAAAAAAUAUCUCAGCAAGGUCUCACUCAGUCUUGUCGCGCAUACGUAGAUGCCACGGUCUACACUGUACGAAUAGAAAGCAUAACGAUCUCAGACAAUGAGUUAAUAGAAGUUAUCAGUAACACUAACCAAAGUAGAUACUUUAAAUAUUUUGUUCCCGAUGGCGUCGAUCACACCAUCAUCUACAUAGAAAAUAUGAAACUCUCAUCAAAAAUAAGAGAAGUAACUUUGCGGGUGCAGGCGGGACGGCCACCCUCGAAACACUCAUACAUUUUUAAACAAAAUCUCGAUAUAAAACGAUCGACUUAUCAAACUGCUUUUAAAACAGACCCGGGUGUGUGGCAUUAUAUUUUAUUCACGUUUUAUUUGAAUAGUGCCGAUACUGAUGUAUCUCAGCUAAAAUUUAGAUUGAAAUUAUUUUCCAAUAAACUACCUGCUUCAGAAUCGUUUGUAUCGCAAUCCAUGGCCAAUAUCACUUUGUAUAAUAUGUCUGUUAUAUACAAGCAUUAUCAGAGCAAUAGAAUAACAGAUAUUCAGCCUUAUAAAGAGUUUACUUUGGCAAGAGAAGAAAUGGCCGAAAGCUUUGGAUUUACUUACAAACUUCAAGCUGAAAUGACCACAAACAUGUUUGUACCGAUUAAUGUAACCGGCGAAGAAUUUACUGCUCUUAAAUUUAUUUUACAUAGAGGCACUGAUGUAGGGGGUACUUUGCAAUAUAUUAUAGCAUUUAAACCACGCGUAUCCAGAAACAACGGGUUUAUUCACUUAACUAAAGAACCGGAGCACCAUGUAGUAAUUGGCUGCAUCCAAAGAAACACUAUAGCAGUACCCACUUGGCCAAAUACAUGCGUUUCUAAUCAAGAAUCAACGUUGGCCCCACUGAUUUUAAACAGCACAGUAACAAACAAUACUGUUUUAAUCCCGUAUCCAGAAAACGGAGUGUGGUACGCCUCAUUUAAACUAUUUUGUGGCAAAUGCGAGCCGUGCGUUUGUCCGGAUUCUUGCGAUCGAGAGUUUGAAAAUUGCGUGAUAGAUUGCGAGUUGAACGGUAAAAAUGAUGAAUACGACGGCUGCUUUAAAAAUUGCAGCAGUGCGGUGAUUGGCAGCAGUGAAUGCGCCUCUUGUGAUUGCGACGGGCCCUGUAAGAAGAAAAACUCUACCGAUGCUUGCAAGUCCGCCGUGGUCUUUGACAUCAGUUCGAGACCAUGUUAUUUUGGUGAAUGUGGCAAACAUGGUACUUGUGGCCUAUUUAUUGCCGAGGGCGUGGCAUAUUCUUCGUGUUUGUGUCAUGAUAGUUAUAGGGGUUACGACUGCUCAGACGGAACUCUUGCAACACCCUAUUACAUGGUAGUAAUAGAAUUCGUCCUCCUAAUCUGUACCAGCAUUCCCUUUAUUGUUGUCGCCUACAUCGCUUACAGACGCAACUACUACAUAGAAGCCAUAUCCUAUAGCUGCGUCUUUUUGGCAUCCUCUUUUUACCACGCAUGCGAUGCCGGAGAGAAUAUUAUAAGCUACUGUUUAUUUCCUUUGGCAGCCUUACAGUUCGCGGACUUCUUUUCUGCGUUGUUAAGCAUUUGGGUAACGUUAUUAGCCAUGGCCAAUUUAUCACCGUUAUAUUUGUCAAUUUUACAAAUGGUAGGUUCGAUCGUGAUCGCUUUUUCAGUAACACUUAAUCGCUAUGCUUUAUGGAUAUUUGCCAUACCUUCUACGGUAGGUGUAGUCACCAUACUAGUCAGCUGGUAUUUUAAAUUUAGACAUUAUCGAAUAAAUUUCGUCGAUAAGCAGUAUUUAUAUAUAAUGCUACCGACUGGUUUAACUAUAGCUUCGCUCGGAUUAAUCAUUUUUGCGCUAUUACAAACACAAAACAAUUAUAAAUAUUUGCAUUCUAUGUGGCACUGCAUGAUGGCGCUUAGUGUAGUAGUUUUACUGCCGACUAAGAAAACGUUUCAUAAAGUAAUAGAGAACGGUAAUCCGCUUCACACAAGUAAUUUAAUUGAUGCGAAUGAAGUGAGAGUUGAAGUGCCGAUAAGGGGUGGUGCGGCUGGGGGUGGCGAUCUUUCAGCAGGGUGACAGUUGAUGUAGCUUUUAAGUUGUGGUUUUGGUAGGCCCGAUGAGACCACUGUAGGAACCACAGUGUAAAUAAGGUUUUAUAUAUUUCGUAUAAAUCAAUUUAUGAACAUUUAAGAAAAGUUAUCUUAUUAUAAUAUAAACAUUCCUUGAAAAUAUACUAAUAUUCAACCCAUUCGAUACGGUUCGUAUCUGGACAGUUUUAUUCGUAGGGACUGAGAUUUCUACCAUAUUCGGCGUAGGCUUGUAAUGCUUGGUUUGCGUAUGGUUCGGUUAAAUGCGGAUGCCUGACGUCGGACAUAGCUGUGGCAUAAGAAAAUUAUCUAGACUUUAUGGAAUAAUAAUAGCAAGAAAGAACUUUAAAAGUAGCCUAUGUGUUUUAUAUUUUAAAACAAGAGACUACGUAUAAUUCAACGUUGCAUUCUUGACACAUACAGCGUGUCCGGAGAGUCAACCAUAAUACUGAAGGGGCUGAUGGAGACACUCAGAAAAACAUAAAAUGACCUUAGUUAAAAAUCGACGAUUUUUAUUUAGUUUUUUAUUAUUAUUAUAUCUUAUUAUAUUUAUAUAAAUAUCAUAAAAAACAAAAAAAGCAGUAUUACAGAGUAAAAAUAGAAAGCAAAGAAUUAUAAAAAAUUGGCUAGCUUAACUAUACUCCAGGAGGAACCAAUAGGAACUAUACUCAAUAGACCGAAAAAUACCCCCCUGGAAAGACAACACAUAAUAAAAAUACUAAAAGACAACAUAUCACAAGAACAUGAACAACAUUUUGCACGAAAUAAAUGGCACUCGAAAAUCAAAUACACAAAUCGUAAAUAUAUUACUAUAGUUAGAAAAGUUUAUAAAGAACCGGUGACAUCAACAGGCGGCAAAAUCCGCGCAUCUCGUUAUUCUAUCGAUCGGGUCAGAUGACUCUGUCGAGGUCUGAAGACAGUGGAGGCGGCACACUUGUUGAAAUUAUUAAUAUUUAUUUUUACUAGAGUUUAAAUAGCCCUAGAUUUUUAGUAGGUAUAGCCACAGCAUAAAGAAACCAGCAGUCGCACUUCAAUAAAAAUACAUUGGCUUGAAUAAGCGAGUUCGGUGCAUGUGUACUAACGCAGGCGAGGCAUUUUUGCUUAUAGCAGGGAUGCCGCUGACACUCGCUACGGUCCGCGCGGCUUUUGCCUUGGCUAGAGCCGGACUUAAACAUUUUUUUAGAUGUUAUUAUCUUGUAAAAUAAAAAUACCUACAUAGUACAAAUAUUGAUUUUUUAAUAAAAAUAAAGUUCAUACAUUAACAAAAUAUUUAAACAAAAAUAAACAUCGCAUUUUUACAUCUAACAACGACGAUAUAGAAGAAUACGUGCAGGAAGUUAAUUAGCUAUGUACCAUAAAUUUAAGAGACCAUUCUUUGAGUAAUUUUAAAACAAAAAGUUCAUAUAAGCAUAUGUCUAGAAAUUCUUAGUUCUCAAUAUACAGGGUGUUAAAAUUUAACAACAACUAAAAUAUAUGCCACUGACUUUUGCGCAAUUUUUAUUAUGUUCUGUGGAUUAUACAAAUAAAACUUUUCUGUCUCUUGAAUUUUUUUCGUAUCUUGCUUAGUUAAUAAUAAAUUCCAAAUGAAACUUUUCCCCAAAUUCCUUGUGUGAUCCAGGGAUAUGCAAUUAAGUGGCCUUUUUUUUUCUCGAAAAAUAAGCGAGAUACGAAAAAGUUGUAUUUGUAUUUGAGUAAAUCAAAUAACAUAUUAAAAAUGGCACAAAAUUGAGGUGCCCCAAUUUUUUUGCCACAAAUAUUUCUUCAGGUCCCGUUCGAGAUUACACUGGACCUAAUAAAUUUAAUCAUGUUAGGGGUAAAUUAGCUCCUUAAUGUUAUAAAUAACACCGCCAGAGAACUGGCGGACCUAUGUUCAUAUGAACUUUUUGUCUUAAAAUUACUCAACCAAUCGCCUGUUAAAUAAUUUAUGGUACAUACUUAAUUAACACCCUGUAUAGUAACGCUUUUAGAUUUUCUGACUACAUAGUAGUUUAAGGAUAACUAAUUAUACAAAUAAAGUAAUAUUUCAAAACAAAUAGACACUCUUAGGCCAAUAAAUAAAGACAAAUAGUUGGCAACAAUUCAAAACAAUUCUAACAUCUGCGAAUUUUUGUUAUAUUAUUAAGUACCAACUAAAGUAAAAAUAUACAAUUUUGCAACUCUUUUAAAUAUGGCAACACUCUUAAAAUGGCAGAAAUAUAAAUAAUGUCCUUAAAAAUCCAAAAAAAAAAUACUACAUUGCUGCAAAUUUAACUGAUGCUUAAUUAUGUUAUUUAAGCCAUACAGCCAAAUUUGCAGCUAUUAAAAACUUUGGCAAAGUCAAUUAUUUUGCUUUAUUAAUAAUUUUUGACAUACCCCUCUUUUAAUACAAAAGUUUUUAUCAAAAACGCUACGCUUUGUAAAAACGCUAUCAAAAUAGUCACUAAGUACGGCGCUGAACUAGGCGAUACACCUAUGAACACAGUUCGAUAAACAGUGAGCUCGGCAUCCGGAGAACAUGGCUGCGGCAUGGCUAAGGAUGCUAUUAGUUCGCUUACAUUUUCGAGCGGAGUGAGACUGCUGGUUUCUUUAUGCUGUGGUAUAGCUAGCGAUGUUAUAAGUGCGUUUGAUUUAGUUGAAAUACCAACUAAGAAUGCAUAUAUUUGAAUUUAAUUGCUCCGAGAUUCCGAGAUUUAAAAAAAUGUAGAUAAAUUAAAAUUAUAUUUUUUAGCAUUGUGAUGUGCCCAUAAAAAAUCUAAUAAAAAAUAGUUUUACUUACAGGAGGAUGCAGUUCGCUAAUUAUUUUUAAAACAGGACUUCAAAUAGGUAGCUGAAAAUUAUUCUUUAUUUGCAUUUUUUUAAGGAUUAGGUAUUUUAAACGACUUCGAUCUCUUCAUCGGAUGAGCCUGUAUUUACUGUAAAUUUUAAAGAAUCCAAUGCUUCAUCAAAAAGGUGAUGACUUUCGAAAUGAUGUUUUUCUAUGUCGUCUAUAUGGUUGCAAAUAUUUAUCCACUCAUCAUUCGAAAUUUCCGCAAAUUUCUCCCUUGUCAAAGUUUCGACAUCUGCCAAUUUAAAAGUGGAAUUUCUGCUUGCCACCCAAUUCUUAACAGUUGCCCAAAUUUUUUCUAUAGGAUUAAGCUCUGGGUGGUAUGGAGGCAAACGUAACACCAUGUGUCCAUGCUUUUCCAUUAGGUCGUCCAACUUGGUUUUUACAGGAUACUUUUUUUAUUUUCAGACACUAUUUCAUAUAACUCUGUCUUGGUGAGUUUUGCAUCAAAUGUAAAAUUACGUUCCUUGAGCCAGUCAACUAUUUCCUGCUUUUUACUUCCAGAUGUAACAUUCUUGACUACAGGCACAUUGUGAUAAGCUGCAUUGUCUAAUACUAGGACGGAAUUAGGUAGUAAAUUUGGAAUUAACUGAUUUUCGGCCCAUUUCCUGAAGUUGUGAUGGUUCAUGUCAUCAUGAUAGUCUCCGCUUUUUGACCCUAAAAAGAGAAUAAAAUAUUCUGGUGUUAUAUUGCAAUGUAGGGUAAGUAAAUUACUUGGGUUUUACAACUGACUGAAAUAUACUCUACUUACAUUUUAGAGUAGGUCUUCUUUUUUUAACUAUGUAGAAAUCGUACACUAUUUGUUUUAUAUCUUUAAUUUGGGUCAAAGUAAUGUUACCAAUCUUCUGAGAUUUUCUUAACCUUUUUUUCCUUGGACUGGUAAAGGAACAGGAAGGUUUAUUUUCUAUAUCUUCUGACUCUUGGACCACUCUUCUGUAAGUUGACUGGGAUACUCGAGUGGCAGCUAACGUACGUUAUCUAAAAUAAUUAUAUACUAUUAUUGUAAGUUAUUAAUACAAUAAAAAUUAAAAUUUGAAAACAUCCUACAAUAAAAUAUGAAUUUAUAUUAUUCACUUACCUAACAUUUUUCCAAGGAAUAGUAAUUCCUUGCUCGGCUUCUUUUUUACCACUAACCUUUUUGCCACGUUAGAAAUAAUCUCUCUCCCUUGGCUGUGAAUUAUUUGUCCUUGUUUGCCUACUUUCUUAGGUAACAUCUAAAAAAAAAUUAGAAAGUUAAAAAAUUUAUAUACACAUGCACACUCUAGGCUGUACAUAUAUACCUACAAGUUAAAUACCUAUUAUUUUGUCACUUAAAACCAAAGUAUACUUUAAAUAAUAUAAUUUUUAACAGUAAUUAAUUUUCAUUUAUUUUUUAAAAUUAUUAGACAAUUAAAUAAUUUAAACCAAUUUUACUUACCUUUUACAAUAAAAAUCGGAUAGUCUAACUAAAAAAACUAUAGUCUAUUUCACUAUUAUACUUUAAAAAAAAAAACACACAACAGAUUUUAAAUGCCUUAUAACACGAUUAACUCACUUCCCGUACGAGACGACACUGAGUAGGCCUUCAGGCUACGUCAUAGGCUUUAAAUCUCCGGCAGGUACAAAGAAACGAAGUACGGCGGCUGCUUUGUUCUUGCGGUUUCUUUAAUAAGAAGCGAGAGAAAAUAUAUUGCGGUCGUCUUUUCUCUCUGCCACCGAAUUUUCUAUUGAUUUUGUGUUGAAAAAUGGGUUUGUGCGCAUAUUGAGCAGCCGGUUCUUUAUAAACUUUUCUACCUAUACCAUAACAAGAAUUAGGAUCGGAUACUGCCUUAAAGGCCAAUACCUACACAGAAUUGGCAUAAGGAAUUCCCCAUUCUGCGAGUGUUGCCAAAUCGAAGACACCUAUUUUUGGAAUGCCCUAUAAAGAAAUUGGACAUAUAUGAGGAAUUGGGAAAAUUACAAUAAUUAACGUUGCCACUAAGCAUAUUCACGGUUCUAAGCAAUAUAAGCACUAAAAUCAUUAAACUUAUUUCCUGAGAAUUGCCCUGCAAAAUGUAGUAAAUAGAAGGUUGUAAAAGAUUGAUAAAGCCCAUUGAGCGCCUCGGUGUAUAGACCGCGACCAACACUAGCGUCUAGCCGGUAUAGGGAGCACCGAUCCCGAAUUCUACCGAACGGCUCAACUUGCGUGGCCGACAAUAGUAUGGUGCCAAAUUUAAAUGGCUACUGCUACUCAUAGGUACAGGCACAAAUGUAAAUAGCUCCGCACGUGCGGAGCUAUUUACAUCUGUGGUACAGGAUUGUUCCUUAUAUUUAGAGAGCGACAGAGUGGAAAAAAACUUUAAAUGCAAAUGUUGCGGGAUUUGUCCUAAAUCGCCAGAAAAUGUUUUAAAACAUAAUACAGGGGUCUGGAAAAGGUAAUAAAAUGGACACAUAACACCCCAAUAUUUUAUAUAAUAACACCCUAUAUUUUUUAUAUAAAUUAAAAGCCUCGUUUUUCCUGAUUUAAAAAUAUAUGCUAUUGGUAAAAUAUUCAUAUUUACUUAAAAUUUAAAAAAGAAACAGUUAAUAAAAUCUCAGUUGCUAUGAUUAAUGAUGGUCAAUAAAUAAAUUAACUGUAAUUUUUAACCAUAGUGACGUCUGAAUUAAUUAUAGCAACGGAGAUUUUAUUAAACUGUUUAGAAUAUUCUUCUUACAUUUUAGGUAUAAAUAUUUUACUAAAAUGUCAGCAUAUUAUAAAUUUUUGAAAUCAGGAAAAAAGGGGCUUUUAAUUUAUAUAAAACUAUAAAGGGUGUUUAUAGUUUUAUAUAAAUUAAACUUAUAUAUUUUUAAUCCCCAUGAUAUUGCAGAAAUAAAAGAUAACUAAAUGUAAAAAUAAAUUAAAUAUAUUCAUUUGUUGACAUAUACUUUUAACUAUCUACAUACAGGGUGUCUCAUUUAAUAGUGUAACAGCGUAAUCAUUAUUUUGCUUUUUGACUGAUUUAAAUCAAACUGGUCUCAAAAGAUAGAGGUAGCCGAGGUCUAUUUAAAUAUUGAAAACCAGUUCGAUGCAUCUUCGAUGCUAAAUUGGGUGAAGAACAACGAAAAAUCAUAGUAGGCAUUUUUUAUUGAAAAGAAGGAAAUCCUUAAUAACAUAAAUAACAUAAAAUAACAUAAAUAACAUAAAAUAAACUGGAAAUCCUUUAGUAAUUUUUUUAAAAUCACUUUAUAAUUAUUACAAAUCAAAUUAAUAAAUAGUCAAACGAAUAGAUUUAAAGUCUUAGACACAAGCAAGUCCUACUACGAAAUAACGAAAAGUUCAAAAGAACUUCAAACAUCAAAUUAUUGUGGUUAUGUUUACACUUUACUGGCGUCAUACGGUUGCCGUGUUCGGGAUCAAGGCUCCCGAUACAGGCUAGACGCUAGUGCGACCAACAGGACAGACUACACAGUCCGGAUGACGAAAGAUUACAGAACUAACGGGGGAGGGUAAUAAUAGCGAAUUUUAUUGGAGAAAAAAUGUAGCAUGAGUGCAGAACCAGGGCAAAAUUUACAAACCAUUGGUGUAAUUAGUGCAGGUUUGUGUAAUCCAUUGGGGCACCAAGGUGGCACUUUUUGCCCUGAGUGCACCCAGUUCCGCACGAGCUAUGGGUGGUUGUACCGUUCUAGUUCCUACCCCGGAAGUAGAAAACAUGGCGGUUAUUAUUUAGGGAAUUUAAUAAAUAAUUGCAUAUAAGCAAAACUAAAUUUUAAGGGAAUGUAACGUAAAACAUAACCUCAACUAACAACAGCCAAUUUUUUAAUUUUCUCCUCAAGGCUAAAUCCAAAAACCAUUGGCAACGGUUUUUUGCCUGAACCGAACCAGUGUUGGUGCCGCCCUAGUGCCACAAUUUUUUUUUCCAAUGGAAUUCGCUGUUAAUAUACAAAUAGCGCUGGCUAAUUGCGACACCAUACAGAAGCCAAGAACUCAAGACUGAACUGAACUGAAUUUUUCUAACAAAUGGAUUACAGAAUGACACAAGGGAACACCCCAUUCAAUCCUGGUGUAUCAGGGAUCGCAAGAUCUUUUAGCUAGUACUCGGUUGCUUUUGUACUACUACUUGCCGGUACAACACAUCGGAUCUGUGGUCAAUUUUUGUGAAAUAGGGCCCGUGCCUAUAGGGGGAGUGGGGCAUAGCGGAAUGAUAUUUCUUUUUUUUUUUAGUUGGCGAUCUUAAUAUUUAAAAAGAAGGUGUAAAAAUGCUGUCAAUCAAAAGUUUAGACUCUUCUUUAAAAAGGACAGUGAUAAAAUAUAUCUAAGGUGAACGGUUUUUGUUAAAAAAAAAUUUAAAAAAAAAAAAACCAUUCUACUUUGCCCCUUCGGUGGGGUAAAGUGGAAUACUAUACGGGGCAAAGUGAAAUGGAAAAUUUUUUCAAUAAAAGUCGCAUAUAAAAGCAUUUUUAGGCGUUAAAAAAGUUAACAUAUUUUAUUCACAAAAGUCGCAUAUAAAAGCAUUUUUAGAGUGUAUAUCAUAGGCAGUACAUUGUUCAUGAGCCCAUUUUUCGCAGCGACUGCAGGAUAUCCAGCUUUCUCCAGAACUGGAUUUAAGGAAUUCACCAUCGCAAAAAAUACAUCUUGUAUCAUCAUCAUUUUGAACACCUUAGGCAGAAACGUGUUCUACCCUUUUGCGUUUACUUUGACGAUGUUCCGGGUCUUUCUUUUUGCUUUCAAAAACUUUUUUUUUUACAGUAACUAACUUCAUGGGAGUUGGACUGUUUUUUUCUAGCAGUUCAUGAUAAUACGGAUUUGCGGUUAACACUGCAAUUUUUCCUCUGUUACGUGUUGUUGGUUUCUGUUUACUAGUCUGCUGCACCUGGGGUACCGGUAUAAUGUCACGGGGACUGCAAAUUUGGUUUUCAGUCAAAAGACCUAUCUCCUCUAGAAGAAUGAAUUGAUAACAAAGGGACUGGUUCCACUACUACUUUUGGGAAACAUGGGGGCAUUUUGCCUACAUGCUGCAAGAAGGAAGAGCUUUUUUAUCUUUUUCAGUUAUUUUUAACACAAAAUCUUUAUCGGAAGCUGGUACUGCUACUAUUUUCGACGAACAUGAUGGUAUUUCGUCUUCAACGUCUUUGCUGCAGGAAGGAAUGGCUUUUUUAUCACCUUGCUUAGCAGUUCCUUUUAACAAUAUAUGAGGAAUAUUAUCAUCGGAUGACGAGUCUUCGUUUUACGGAGCAAGUCUGUAAAAUAACAAAUUUAUGUUAGGUAUAAAAUAAACUGUCAAAAUUGAUACCUACCUAUUAGUUGUUUCACUUGCUGCAAAAGCUUCGUCAGGGAAAAUAUGUGGAUUAACAGGCCAAAUGCCUGUUUUUGCAAACCCGCUAAUGGCAUUCUGCGCAGUUGAGGCCCUUAGGAACGCUUUCCCAAACAAUUGUCCAACUUGUCGUAUUGUUAUUGGUCUUCCAGGAUGAUUUCGUAACGAAAGUUCACAUUCCUGCGUGUAAAAGGUGCUGAGAGGAAACAUGAAUGAAAGGUCAAGUGGCUGAAGGCGAUGGCUGGUAUGUGGAGAUAGGCAAAUAAUAUGAACAUGAUUUUUUCUAGCUGUUUCAAGUAAAGCAAUAUUGUUUGUAUGGGUUGCGUGACCAUCAAGAAUUAGUAAGAUUGGUUGAUCAGCAGUUGGUUUGAAAUGUCGUAAAAAGUGAUCGAACCAUGUUGGGCAAAAUAUGUCUGUGUUUAUCCAUCCUGAAGGAUGGCAUACAAGUUUUGUAUCAGGCGGUGUCUCCUCUAACAAUUCUAAAUUUUCUCUUACUCUUGGAAAUAUCAUUAAUGGGGGAAUAUAUCUCCCUGCUGCAUUAAAACAAAUGACUGACCUAGUUGUCGUCACCCUUUCUGCGGAACUAUAAUUGCCUUUAGACAAAUCAAGUGCAAUCACUUUUGACGGUUUGUUUGGAACCGUUGUGAUUCCUGUCUUGUCCACAUUAUAAAUUUGGCUUGGCGAGAAUUUGUAGCGAUCAUAUAGUUCAAUGAGCAGGCUAAAAAAGGCAGAAACGGUAUGCCGGUUAAAGGCCGUAGCUCUAGCGAUUGAGAUUUUUUCGGGAGUUCGCAGAGAAAGCCUUGAGUUCCGCUUUAAAAAGGCUAAAACCCAAUCUUUUCCCGCCUUUCCUUUCUCAUUAUUAAAUGGAUGGCUUACCCGUUCCUUACAGCGAACUGAUAGGCUAGAUGCCUUAAGUCUGAUAUGCUUAAGCCAAAGUAUCUGCUCUCCAUAAACAGACAGUGUUCAGCAAGCUGUUGCUCUUGUUGUGGUGUAAAACAACGAGUAAAUCUGCCCAAACUUUUUCUUGAAGCUUCCUCGGACGCGCAGUUUUUUUUAGCUCUUCGAAACAAUGUUGUUUGUGGCACAUUAUAGCUAAGAGCUGCCUGCUCAUAGCUCAAACGAUUUGCUCGAACUGCUGUAAUAGCGUUGACCAUAUCUUCCUCAUCCCAAACAUGUUGUGUGGAUUUACGGACAUAAUUCCUAACCAUUUUUGUCGGACCUCUAAAAAAAAUAGGAAUAAAAAAUAAACUUAUGCAUUCGAAUGAAUCUAGUUUAAAUAUUGUUUUUCUAAUAGAAUGCAUUCCAGUUUGCCCCUUUUGACAUUUUCCACUUUGCCCCAUUCGGUAUCUUUUUAGUAAAUGUUUGUUUUUUUUAACAACUGUGAUUCGAUCCAUCUAUAUUAUUUAGUACACUUAGUUAUAUGUCCUACCUUGAAAAUAGCUGCUACAGUUUUUGUUAAAAUAUUACAAUCCAGAUUUUAGCACAAAUUUAUCACCUUAAGAAAUAAACAAAUAUCCACCAGUUUCACAUAACGUCAAAAAUCUAAACAGCACAUAGUGUUCACCGCUUGACGUACUGAAAUGAACAGCUAAUUUACCACGUGUUUUGGGCAAUGACUUAUCAAUGCGACGUUGCCAUAUGUAUAAUUCCACUUUGCCCCACUCUCCCCUACUAGAAAAUAAGAUAGCGGAUCAUAUUUUGAGCAUUAAAAAUAAAUGAAAUAUUGAAACGAAUUUGCUCCACAAUAGAGGGUCUAAUUCUGACAAUUGGCCAGCCAUCUGCAUGAAUGAUAACAAUAUAAAAUACGGGACAGUAACUAGGCGUAUUUUUAAAAGGACCUGAAUCAUGUAUGUAAUUUUAUUUAAGCAUCAAUGUAUUUUAUUUCAACUCUACAAUUAUUUUUCACGUUUCAAAUCCUGUCUCUGUUCCUCUCAGUUAACGUAGUAGAUACUUGGAAUUCGUGGUAUUUGAUUAAAAAUAUUAGACAAAACAAAAUAAUCUUUAGAACUUAGAUAUCAAAUGUAACUUGCCCUAUAUUACCGAUUAUGUGCGAAAUUUGGGUAUUUAUUGGAAAAAAUGCAAAGGUUACAAUAAAAAAUUUAAAAACGGAUUUUGACCUAUACAUGUCCCACUUAAAAUGUUUACAUAUACGUCAGCUAUCAUCCCCUUAAAGUGUUGCACCUACCUUCCGGACACCCUGUAUAAUAAUAAAAGCUACAAACAACUAAAAAUUAAGCAUGAAGUCUCAGUCCCAAGAAAAGUAUUAAAAACAGGUUGGAUGUUUCGGUUUAAAUAAAUUAUUAGAACUGAACUGUGUAACACAGCUACAAGAUACACGCAAUGCACAACUUGGUUUAUAAAUUGUAUUAUAUAAUUGUAAUUUAUAUAUAUUUUAAUAAGAAACAAUUUAUGAAACUGUCAAUAAAUAUUAGACUAUAAACCAUAGCCAUGCAUUGUAAUUAAUUUAGGAGGCUGGUGAUAUUUGUGCCUCAAAACUCUAGUCUUAUUAAAUGAAGUUCUACUAGUUAAAUAAUUGUAGUUCUUUUAUUUAUAAGUGAUAUAUUGUGUUAUAUGCAUUGCUAUUUAUAGUAUUCAAAAAAAGUAUUAUGAUUAAUUGAAGUAUAUUGAAAAAAAUCUCGAAAGUGGACUGUCUUUUUUUCAUGAACGUUCAUUUUCACGUUAAAUAUUUUUUCGGAAAUGAUAGAAAAGUUUUCGUAUCAGUUAUUUUAACAGUGCGUUAAUUUUUAUCUACGAAAAAUGAUAAAAUAGAGAAAUAUUAAUACAGUAGAAUUCCUCUUAACCGGUCACCUCGGGACUGCAUACCUGGCCGGUUAAUCCGAAGUGUACUUAUAUAUAUGUACAUAAUACAUAUUAUAUUAUGUUCAUUAUCUAUGUUAUGUACAUAUGUUUAUGUAUUGAAGAGAGUAUUACACAUAUACAUGAACAUAAUAAAUAUAAAAUAAUGGAGAAAUAUUCUUUAUAUAGUUAUGUAUUUCAUAUUUACAUACAUGAAGGUGCUACAUCAACAAAUAUACAUAUGUAUGUAAGUUUAAUAUGUAAUUAUUUUUUGAAAAAGUCUGUGUGUGAUUUUCUUCUGUUUUUUAACCUUCAGUGAAUUUCUGAAUGCGAUAUCCCUCCAUUUUCUAAUCACCAAAACGUCUAAUGCUGUUGACUCAUGUUGCUGCUCAAUGUAUUUUAAUGCAAGUUCCAUUACAUUUUUGGCUUCUUUAUGAGAAAUCGUUUUUUCCUCUUCAAUGUCACUACUCUCAUCAUAUUCCUCUGGUUCUUUCAUUGCUAAAUUUAUGAUUUCUUCAUCAUUCAAAAAUUCAUUUUCAAGGUGAUCGUCACAAUUUAUCAUCCAAUUGUCCACUUCUUCUGGUUGCAAUGCUUCGUUACCCGUUAACUUUUGAAGGUCUUGUAGAGUGGAUUUGUUUUCUUCUUCUUCAGUCCCUGCAAUAUUCAAGAUCGCAACUAGAUUCUCAACUUCUGGCCAAAGUUUUCUCCCAAGAUUUAUUUAACGUUGAAGAGGGCAUUUCCUGAAAUGCUGUAGCUAACAUAUAGAUAACGUCCUUGAUAUUGAUCUUUUUUAUGACUUCUAAAAGACCUUUGUCUUCACUCUCCGAGUGUUGCAGAAUUUCAGAAACAGGUUUACGCCUGUAUCGUCUUUUUAAGCUUUCGAUCACUCCUUGGUCCAUUGGUUGCACUAAGCUUGUCACAUUAGGAGGAAGAUAAACUAAUUUUAUGUCAUCUACAUCGCAGUCAUGAGGAUGGGUUGGAGCAUUAUCUAACACUAGAACUGCUUUGAUAGGCAAAUUAACACUUUUUAAAUGUUUUUUAACUCUUGGAACCAACUCUAAAUUAAACCACUCUUUAAACAGGUCCGAAUUCAUCCACGCUGAUUUUUGUGACUUAUAAUAGACCGGAAGGGACGAUGGAUUCAAGUUUUUGAAUGCCCGUGAUUUAGCAGACUUGCCAAUAACGAAAAGAGGAAUUUUAUGAGUUCCCGCUGCAUUCGAACAAACGGCCACUGUAAUACGUUCUUCGUUCUUUUUAAAGCCAGAGGCAGACUGUUCAUGACUGCCUAGAAAAGUUUUUUCUGGUAACAUUGUAAUGUUUAGCCCGGUCUCGUCCAUACUAUAGACUUGUUCUGGAGAUAAUUCCUCUGUUUUAACCAUUUCACCAAACUUAGUCUUGAAUUCUGUCGCACCUGAAGUAUCAGCAGACAGUUUUUCUCCACUUACAUGUGCGAAAUGAAUUCCGUGUCGCUUUUUCCAUCGAUUAAGCCAACCAUCACUUGCCACAAAUUCGCCUCCAUUAUUAAUCUUCUGGUGGAUAGCCAGAGCUUUUUCUUUCAAAAUUGGACCGCCAAUCGGUGUACCUCUUCGACGUUCCUGAAGAAACCAGAUCCACAAAGGUUCAUCGACGACCUCGCAAAUCGGUUUUUUUCUCGUACAACGGCUGCCCAGAUUCUUAUCAGAUUCGAACAAAACUUCUCAAUCGAAUGCCUAUCUCUUCGCCAGUCAUUUACAGUGCUUUUUCCAACAUUAAAUUCUGCACAGAUUUUCGCCACACAUUCACCAUUAUCAAUCCACUUCAACACUUUUAAACGUGUAUCCAUCGAAACCACAAUUCUUUUGAGCUUUGCACUGCAGUGGACUCCUUACACUUCAGAGCCGUGGGUGUAUAAUUUUAUAAAUAAACAGUCAUCAGUUCAGGUAAAGUUUUAUUAACGAAAAUUAAUUUAAGGUAAUCCUUAAAACUAUGAGCGUCUCAACUGUAAUUCUAACACUAACCUUACAAGUCCCAAGUCAUUGUUUUAUCUCACUCUCACUUUCCUCCAGGCUCCCAGGUUUAACUCCCAAAGAAAAUAGAUGUGCUAAGCCAAUAACGCCAAUCUCGAACCAACGACGAGUUUAUAUUUUAAUGACGGCGACGCCUUCUAUAUUUCCCCGAGUCUCAAACCAGUUUACAAGCAGGUGAACAACCCAAAAACAGUUGGGUCCCUGACGCGAAACCUCUCGCAGUCAACAGCUUUCUGCCCGUUCCCCUCCCAGCUCGUCGUCUCUCGAUCGUAUCUCGCUCUCCUUCCCCGAACACUCGCAACAUAUCCGAUAAUUAGGGACAUAUGUUACAUAGCCCCCCUAUUGAAUUGCAAUCUACCCUGAACCAAUUCAAUACCAUCAAUAUGUCACCAAACUCUUACUCUUAAAUUAAAACUUUCUUUACCCGGGUUGUUUGUUACCUAGAGGACUACACGAGAGGACACUGCGAUACGCGCACUACGACACAUUUUACCUUCUCACUGCACUAAUCUAACCUAUUCCUUAAUCUACUUUUUACUAGUUUAACAAGUUAACUUAAUAUCUAAAUUUCCUCAACAAUAUUGUGGAAGGGCCUUAAAUUAAAAACAUUUUGAAUAGACUUGUCUCCGAAUUCAUUUUCGACCUCGUAGGAGUUUGGACCCCUGAUUCUUAUAACUGUAUAGGGCCCUUCAAACAACAAGAACAUUUUCUUGAUAGUGCGAUUUUCUGCUGAGGAAAUAGGGUGAGUCCUAACCAAAACACGGUCACCCACCUUAAACGUUAUUAUAUUUUUACCCCUCUCAUGUCGAAUCUUCCUUUUUUCUGCCUUUGUUUUUAGCCGGUUUAGAGCUAGCUCUAAUUUUUGUUCUCUGCUUUGGGUAAUUCUGUUCGCUGGAUAAUCAAAAAGCUUUAAAAAUAAAUUUUCUUUUUCCCUUCCAAAAUGCAAAACAUUCGGACUGUACCCGGUACAACCAUGAAUCACAUUAUUAAGGUAUGACUCAAUUUGAUCUAAUACACAUGCCCAUUUGGUGUGCCUAUCAUGGCACAACAAUCUCAACAACCGACCGAUCUCUCUAUUUACCCUUUCCGUCUGGUUUCCUUGCGGAUAAUACACGGACGUAUGAGAAACCUUAAUAUCUUUCUCCCUUAGCGCUUUUAACCAGGACUUGCUCGUAAACUGUGUUCCGUUAUCCGAUAAUAAAACCUUAGGUUUACCUAUAAUUUCAAUAUAGUUGUUCAAACAACGUAAAAUGGUAAACGUAGUUGCUCUUUUUAAAGACUCUAAAUAGACAUGUUUACUAAAAGCGUCUACAAACGCGAGUAAAAACACGGCCCCUCCUCUAGACACAGGCAGAGGUCCCAUCAAAUCGACACAUACAACCUCAUUUAUACCUUCGGGCACCACACUAUGCAUCUCUCCCCUCAAAUGUGAGAAAAUUUUUGUCUUUUGACAUUUCAAACAUCCUACCAAUAUCUUUCUAAUUGUAGCUCGCAUUCUGGGAAAAUAGCAAUAUUGACUUAAAUCAAGGAAACACUUUUCCGCCCCAAAAUGACCAUUUUCAUCAUGAUGCCAUUUUACUAAAUUAAUAAUGUUAGUUUUCGGUAUAUAGAUUUUAAAACCCGGGUUAAUUUCAGUACCUUUUCUAAAUAGGAAGUUAUUAUGAACUACAUACCACUCUCUAUAUCUUGGCAAUGGAUCAGUCUUUCCUAACUCAGAACAGAUAAACCUACAGUACUCAUCAUUUCUUUGAGCAUCCAACAGCUUUUUCAUAUCUACCUGUGCAGAUUUUAGUAAUUCACUCCUUAGCACCCUAGCCACUUCAUACUCCUUAGAUUCAAACACCGGAUUUUUGCGUAAAUCUUUUAGCUGUGCUCUAUCUAUCGGAUUUCUUGACAACAAGUCGGCCAACCUAUUUUCUGAGCCCUUACAAUAUUCAACCUGGAUAUCAUACUCUUGGACAUAGAGCAUCCAGCGAGUUAAACGGGAAUUUACCAGUUUACAUGACUUUGAAAAUGACAAGGCCUUAUGAUCACUGAUUACGGUCAACGGCCGCCCGAGAACAAACACCCGCCAUUUUUUUAGACAAUAUACUACACCCAACAUUUCCUUUUCCGACACUGAAUACCUAAUCUCUGGACCUCUUAAACUUCUACUACUGAAAGCCACAAUCCCCUUUUCGCCAUCAUCACAUAGUUGAAACAAACACCCCCCAAUCGCAAAAUUCGAAGCAUCUGUUUGAAUAAAGAACAUCUUUGCCAUAUCUGGAUGUUUCAACAUCACAACAUCUAGAAAUGCUCGCUUUACGUUUUCAAAAGCAUCUUGGCACUUCAAACACCAUUUCCACGAAUAUCCCUUUUUAAGAAGAUUUAAAAGUGGUGUGCAUAAAUGUGCAAACUUAUCGCAGAAUCUCCUAUCAAAAUUUACAACCCCUAAAAAAGAUUUUAGCUGCUUAACAUUCACAGGUGUAGGAAACUCCUGAAUUGCAGAAAUUUUUUCCGGGUCCAUUUCUACUCCCGAAGACGAAAUAAUAUGUCCUAAAAAUAUUACCCAUUUUCUAGCAAAACUACACUUUCGAAGCUUAACUGUAACCCCAGCGCUUUGAAACUUUUGAAAAAUUAUCUCUAAAUGUUUUAAAUGUUCAGCUGCAUUCUGGGAAUAAACUAACAAAUCAUCAACGUAUGGAAUAAUAAAACCGUCAACCUCCGAUGUUAAAACCCGCUUUAACGCCCUUAUAAAACUUCCAACCGAGGUGGAAAAACCAAAAGGCAAAACCUUAAAAAUAUAGGUCUGACCCUCAAAUGAAAAUCCUGCAUACUUUUGAUGGUCCUUUCUUAUGGGAACUUGCCAAUAAGACGCAGUUAAAUCAAUGGUACUAAGACACUGGUUGGCUGGAAAAUUAUAAAUUAACUCCGAAGGGUUAGGAGGCGUGACAUGAUCCCUUGCCAUCCUCCGAUUUAAAAAAGUCGCAUCCAUGCAUACCCUAAUAGAAUUAUCUUUCUUUCUUACAACUGUUAAAGGGCUCACAUAUUCGGUACGCCUCUCUUCUAUUACAUCCCAAUCCACCAUUUCCUUUAUUUGCCGUUUUACCUCUCCACGAAAGGCGUGGGGAAUGGGGUAUGGCUUUAUAUAAAAAGGUGAGUAGUCAUUAAGAAUAAUUUCAUGUUCAUAAGUCGUCAACCUUCCUGGUUGAUCAGAAAAUAUUUUUUUGUAUUUUAAAAGCAAUGAACAUAACUCUUUUUUUUUCCGGUUCGAGAAACACUUCUGACUUAAAGGCGGUACUAUACAUAUCCUCUUCGGAAUAUUUGUUGCAAUUCUUUAAGUUGCUUAAACAUACCUCUUCCGAUAUUUCGCUAACAGUUAAAUCAAGACUCUGGCCCUUCUCUGAAAGAAAUGGAAUUUCGACGACAUUCCCAUUAAAAGAUCCCUGUAUCAUAGAUCCGCCAAAAUCUAUUUUAAUUGCAAAAUCUUGCAUCCAAUCCGACCCCAGUAUUAAUUUUCUAGUUAAAUUUGGAAUAACUAGACAAGCAUACUCAAAUUCUAAUUCCCUUAUUUUAAAUUUAAGAAAAACUUGCUCCCUUACUUUUACAUUUUUAUUUCCCCAAGCGCCAACUAAAGUAGCGCAACGUGCAGGGAUUUUUGGGAGAAGUGAGUUUUCUUGAAGUAAAACUUGUAACAAACUAUCUGAAAUUCCCGUGACCUGGGAACCCGAAUCCACCAAACCAGUUACCACAUGUCCCUCAACUUCCAGACGUACUGUGGGUGACGUCAUCAUUUUCGGAGUAUUGCUCUCUUCUCACUCAACAAAUCUUCGGACAUGUCCCUGUUAAAAAUUGUAUUUAUUGUACCGGAAUGUUCAUUUCGAUUUUCAGGGGGCCGAUUGUCUGAUCGAUUAUUCCUACGAGACUCGGUCCUAUCCUGAAAAUUAUUCGAUCGGUAUGCUGAAUUUCCCGAACUUCUAUUAAACCCGACUCUUUCCCCUUGGGAAACCCCGUUAUUGGGUUCGUAAGUAGAAUCAACCCGCCUUAAAUAAAUCUCUACCUCAUCUAUCGUCUUUAAACCCGAAUUUAAAAUGCCACGCUUUAUUUCAGGUGAAAUAUGUCCCACAAUCAUAUCACCGGCUUCUUGAAACAAAUUAUUUAAUUUUUUUAUAAAGACAACCGGGUGCAAUGAACCACCUGGUGAAAAGAACAAAUUUUGCCCCCCUAAAUCUUUCCAAACCGAAAUAUACCCUCUGUUAAAGGAAGAUUCGUGACAUGUUGAGCCCUGAGAGACAUUUAACUGAUUCAACUCCUCUGUAUUUUGCUUAGGUUCGCCCGAAUCUGUUUUUAAACUUAGACUCAUAUUAGCAAAAUUCUGAUCCAAGUUUUUACAAAUACUACUACUUAAAUCUCGUUGAAAAUUUUGGAAACAAGCCCUCAAAGCAUCCGUAAUACCCCUGCUUAAAUUCUCUACAACAUCAGACAAUAAUCUAGGGUUAUUGCCCUCGGUAUCGCCCUCAUCCUCAGCUACCCCAGACAAAUCUGAACGCGACAUUUCUACAAUACACUUUUCUAUUCUAGACAUGCAAAAUUAAACUAUUUUUUUUUAUAGGUAUUACAGGUAGACACUUUUAGCAGCGAAAAUAACUGUACAUAAAAUAAAUUGUAUGACAACAAUAACCUCAAACUGUUUAUUUUGGAAAAAACUGCCUCUAGUUGAGCGCCAAAUGCAGUGGACUCCUUACACUUCAGAGCCGUGGGUGUAUAAUUUUAUAAAUAAACAGUCAUCAGUUCUGGUAAAGUUUUAUUAACGAAAACUAAUUUAAGGUAAUCCUUAAAACUUUGAGCGUCUCAACUGUAAUUCUAACACUAACCUUACAAGUCCCAAGUCAUUGUUUUAUCUCACUCUCCUCCAGGCUCCCAGGUUUAACUCCCAAAGAAAUAGAUGUGCUAAGCCAAUAACGCCAAUCUCGAACCAACGACGAGUUUAUAUUUUAAUGACGGCGACGCCUUCUAUAUUUCCCCGAGUCUCAAACCAGUUUACAAGCAGGUGAACAUCCCAAAAACAGUUGGGUCCCUGACGCGAAACCUCUCGCAGUCAACAGCUUUCUGCCCGUUCCCCUCCCAGCUCGUCGUCUCUCGAUCGUAUCUCGCUCUCCUUCCCCGAACACUCGCAACAUACGGCGCAACCAUUUUGUCGCUGUAUCCGAUAAUUAGGGGACAUAUGUUACAGCACUCAUUGUUAAGGAAAUAGUUAUGUUUUGUACGUACCCACAGCAAGAACAAACCAAACUGAUCAAAACGACAAAAUAAUCCUAUCCAACAUCGUUUAUAGUUCAGUUCACAGGGAUCUCUCCGUAAAAACGGGGAAAUCCCAGCCGAAUCGCCUCGCCGGUGAAUUUCUUGGAAAAUAUUGCGUUGCGUUCGGCUGUUGUAAACAGGCCGGUUAAUCCGUCGACCGGUUAAUCCGAAGCCGGUUAAGAGGAAUUGUACUGAUUAAGAACACACUUUCUGCAUUAUUAAGUAAAGAAGAAAAACUUGCACAACCACUUAGAAAAUAAUAAAUUUAAUGAAUACCUACUCCCUACAAGUAUCAUAAUAUGCUAAAAGUGUGUUAUAAGUUUGUGAUUCCAUCGCUUUUGGUAUUUUUUAUAUUUUUAUUAUAUAUUUUAAAUUUUAUUACCUGUCAUAUUUUGAAUACACGAGUAAUUAAAAUAUAAAAUAUAUGCCUGUGAUAUUAAUAUUGUAAACGUAUAAAAUAUAUUAUUUCAAUGAGCAA